AUGGCCAAAGUGGCGGCGGAAAGUUGCGGGACGGCGCCGGCCGAGGACUUGUCCAAGGUGUCGGACGAGGAGCUGCUGCAGUGGAGCAAGGAGGAGCUGAUCCGCAGCCUCCGCCGCGCCGAGGCUGAGAAGAUGAGCGCGAUGCUGGACCACAGCAACCUGAUCCGCGAGGUGAACCGCCGCCUCCAGCUGCACCUCGGCGAGAUCCGCGGCCUGAAGGAUAUCAAUCAGAAGCUGCAAGAAGAUAACCAGGAACUGAGAGACCUCUGCUGCUUUCUGGAUGACGACAGGCAGAAAGGCAAGAGGGUGUCCCGUGAGUGGCAGAGACUGGGCAGAUACAGUGCUAGUGUCAUGCACAAAGAGGUUGCCUUGUACUUACAGAAGCUGAAAGAAUUGGAGGUGAGACAAGAAGAAGUGGUGAAAGAAAACCUGGAGCUGAAGGAACUGUGUGUGUUGUUGGAUGAGGAGAAGGGUGGCGGAGCGGGCAGCCGGAGCUCUAUUGACAGCCAAAUCAGCCUGUGCCAAUUAACUGCCACCAGCACUUACAUAAGAGAUGUUGGUGAUGGGAGCAGUACUUCUAGCACGGGAAGUACAGACAGUCCAGAUCAUCAUAAACAUCAUCCAAGUACGAGCCCAGAACAUCUUCUAAAAGCUCGGGGUGAGGGAAGCCCUGAGCACCAGAAGCACAGGAGUAUCAGCCCCGAGCAUCUCCAGAAGCCCAGGAGUUCGGGCAGUCCUGAUCAUCACCUGAAAGGACCGAGUCCAGAACAUCAGAAAACCAUUGUCAAAGCACCUGAACAGCAAAAGCACAGCAGUAGCAGUCCAGAAACUCUCCCAAAGCACGUUUUGAGUAGUAGCCCUGAACACUUUCAAAAGCAGAGGCCUGGCAGUAGCCCUGAGCAUCAAAAGCACAGCAGUGGCAGCCCAGAUCAUCUUCAAAAGCACACGCCGAGUGGCAGUACAGAACAUCUCCACAAAGUGAGGGGCACGAGCCCUGAGCACCUCAAAAAACACUAUGGAGGCAGCCCAGAGCAUCUCAAGCAUCUCAGUGCAGGCAGCAGAGAAGGUACCCUCAGGAGACAAGUAACAGAUGACCUGUCCCCUCACCACAGAAGUAUAUACAAUGGAAUGAAUGAAUCAACCUUGUCCUAUGUUAGGCAGCUGGAGGCAAGAGUAAGACAGCUGGAGGAGGAAAAUCGCGUACUGCCCCAGGAUCCCAUUAGGAUGCCAGGAGGGUCAGAGGGGAGUUACUGCUCAGCAAACGAGCCAGCUAGCGUCAGUGGACAUGGCUCAGCUUCUCAGCAGUCUGAAUCAGUGGUAAAUGCUCUGAAGGUUGUGUGGAGGAAACUUGGAGAUGCUGCAGGGUCGUGCCCUGGAAUUAGGCAACAUUUGUCAGGAAACCAGUACAAAGGACCGAUGUAAAAGGCCUGAAGCACAUCCUCUGUCUGAAGAGAAGGAAUUGGAACUGCUGACGAGAGACCAAGAACUGGCGGUGUGCUCAGCACCAUCCCAGCUGACAAUGGGUGCCCUUAUGCUCUGCAUGGGCUGCACUGCAGGCUCCUGGAGGUGGUGCUGGGAGGUCUGUUGGAGGAGCUGGCUUUGCAGUGACCCACGGAGCUCUGUCUCAGUAUGCUGGCUAUUGAAACGCUGCCGCCGCCUCGUCCCUUCAGCACCGCAUUUAGAAGCACUGAGAUAUUUCCAUUCCUAACUAAAAGACAGUAGGGGUUUUGCAGCAGUUACUUGAAGGGAGUCUUUAUUUUGGUCAGUUACAGCGAGUCUCUAGUAAGUCUGAACAAAUGUUCCACUAGAUUUACCAGUUUUUCGCCAGACUGGAGAGACAUUGAUGAACUGUUGUGCCUUUGGUCCCCACAGUUUUAACAAAGUCAUUUCUUAGCAACUCGCACUUCAGUCUAUAAGGUAUCAGCUAAUGGUGCUUAAGCAAUUUACGGCUGAUUAUUAUUAUUAUUAUUAUUAUUAUUUGCUUUGGUAGAAUAACUGCCUUUGGAGGUGCUAAAAGACCAUAACGUCUCCUAACCAGCCAGUAGUGUAGCAUAACUACAGUCCUUGUAGUGAAACACGAUUUCUUUCUAAAUGAAAGUGAAGAUAGCUUUCUGUUCAAUUUACUUUGAUGCGAAUCGUCUGAAGAUGUGUCUGGCGUUCAUGGCUCUGUACCAAACAGAACACCGAGGCACCGCCACUACAGGUCUCAGAUCAGAAUUUCCAUCAGAGUGUUCUUCAGAAAGUGUUUUCCAGCCGUCAGGACGCUAAUUUCUACUGUUUAAUUUAGAAACACGCUGGUUUAUUUAACUAGAGUCUAUAAGAAUAGGAAUUUAAAAGAUUGUACUGCGUCGUAAUAAAGCUUUUUCUUGCUGCUGUAGCGUACUUUGAAAGAAGAAGGUUUUAUUAUACUUGGAGCAUGUCUUUCAUUAUUACGAGGCAGAAAGCUCACGUUCAGACUGCCUGCGGUUUGACCAGAAGAUGACCUAGAUGUGCUUAGUUUAUUUUUUACCUCUGUGUAUACUAGUUGUGUGUAUCAAACUGCAACGAUAGGUAUUUUGUGUAUAUCUAAAAGCAACAGUAGUUUCAUGUAUGAAUGUGCAACAGGCUUGUGACCGCUGUUGCUUAACUUUUUACUGUAGCCAAGCAUAAAAAUAAUAAUAUAAGAUAAAGGGAAAAAAAAAAUAGGAAUGCAACAAUUCCUGGGUUUUUGGUUUCUUCUUGGUUCCGAAGGUUUGAGUCUGUCAGAAGCAGUUCUGUCCGAGCUUGCAACAUGCUGUGUUUGUGAGCUGUUUGCGGUGGAAUGUAGCUCUGUUGCUGUACAACCUUUUGUUGUGUAGGAGUAUGAUGUAAAAAUCUGCUAACUGUCUUCAGGAGAAAAAAAAACAAACAAGAUCUGUGUUAGUUUGCAGCAGCAAUUAGGCUGGUUUCUGUUGUUAUUUUUGCGUGGUACCAUUCAGUAAAAGGCCUCUGACCCAGCACUGAUUUCCCAACAGAACUCCUGUUUGCUCCGUCUGCUUCAGUUGGACGUGCCGUUGGCCUUGCAUUUCAAAACAUUGCCCUCUUGCAUAAUUUCUCACAUAUAUACCCCAGACCCAGCAGCUGUGUGCUGUCUUUACGCAUUGAUUUUCUCCCAUACAGAUCGUUUGCAUAGUUAAACUUAAAUUGUUGUAUUCCUAUGUAUCUAUAUAUAUAUAUAUGUAUGAAAAAUGUAAACCAUGUACUUGUGCCUGCAGUAUGUAUGUGCAGGGGCAGAGCUGAGGGAUGCUGGUCUUUUGACACUAUACUUGUGUAAAUUUUGAUACUGUAUUAAACUAUUUUUUUACAGUUCGACAUACGACUGGGUAUCAAGUAUCUGUGUUCAUCUUAGCAAUGGUAAUAAAUUAUAGAAUCUCA